AUGGUUCGUGUGCGCGUGCUCUUUCCCGAGCUCCUCUCCGGUUCGCCGGCUGGGAAGCAGCGGGCCUUGGAGACACAGCGGCUGUCGCCUGCGAAGACGCCACGGCCCGGGGGUACACGGCGUUUGCUGGCGGCUGUGGGUCAGCCGUCGGCCGAGCCCGCAAAGGGAUCCUCAAUGGAGGCUUCGAAAGCCGCGCCCAAGCAGGCAAAGUCGGCACGUGGACCGAAGGCGUCCACAGAGCCGACAGAAGUCCCAGCAUCCAAGGAUUCUGUUGCAGGUGUCGAGGAUGUGAGUCUUUCCGUCGCUGCAGCUGCACCUGCUGACGACGCUCCAUUGGCCGCGCCGGCCGCACCGGUGGAGGCGCCGCUGAAGAGGAGGCGCAGUACCUGCGAGGAGGCACAGUCAGCAGCGUGCAACUGCGACGACGAGGUGGCCUUCAGCUGGUCCGCCCUUCGCGUCACGCGACGGGACCUGGCCUGCCUGGAGGAGGGUAACAUGUUGAAUGACGCAGUCGUGGAAUUCUUCUUGCAGCUGAUGACGAGUCAGCUGCUGCCGAACAGUGACAUUCACCUCUUUUCCACCCACUUCUACACCCGUCUGACAGCGGCACAAGCCGCGAAUGGAAUGAUUGGCUGGGAGAACGUGAAGGGGUGGACGAAGAAGACGUCGCUGUUCUCUCGAAAGCUUGCCAUCGUCCCAAUCAACGCAGAGAUGCACUGGUGGCUGGCGUUGAUCCGCCUCGACGUCCCAGGGCCCCGGCUCUUCUUUCUGGAUUCCCUGGAGGGAGAGGACUCGCGCUACCAAGGCGUGCUAAGCUUCCUCGGAGGAUACCUUCAAAGGGAGUGGACCGAGCGUGGCGCAGCCGGCAUCGACAUGGAUUUCGGCUCACUGGCGUUUACACCGGAGACUCGCUUGAAGUCGGACGAGCAAGAGAAUGGCCAGAGUCUCAGCGCCAACGCGACUGGCCUUCCCCGUAGCUUACCGAGCCGCUAG